GCAGUAGCGCAUUCGGUAAAAUAGAAAUUGAAUUUCAUCAACAUUUCACUUGAAUUUAAUUUCACAUUUCAUCUCAUUUCACUCCAACUAACUAAUCUCAUUUCAAUAACUAACUGCUCACCAAAACCGAUUUGUAACAAACCCUUCAAAAAUCCCCUAAUUGUUUUUUACAAACCAGAUAGUAACAGAAAACUCUUACCAACCUAAACCUUAUUAACCACUCUCCAACUGAAAUAACUCACUAAUAGAAAUCACCAACUCCUAACAAACUUCCUCGAAUUCCCCUAUCACCAAUAGAAUCUGACUCAAGUGCUCAACCAACUGAGUAGGAGUCCAUUAAUUAACUCCAAACCUCACUCUUACCCUCCAUUCAAUCAAAACCUAUGUCCUAUAUAAUGGAACUUCCAUACUCAUUUAGGGAAUUCUUUCUUUGGUCACUAAAACCAGUACUUUCAUCUUCUCUCUCUUUGCAAUCCCUCUCUCAUUACCCCUCACCUAAAAGCUCACUCUCCACAGUCAUUGAAGCUUCACCUUGAAGCUUCAACGUGCUCGAGCUAAGCCUCAUCACUCUGACCUCCAUUCUCUCUACAACAACUCGUUCCUCCCAAUCUCACAAAGCCUAUGCUAGCUACUCAUGCGUGCAAGCAACCGCCAUAACAACGGAAGAGAAAUUGAGUGAAGAAGGAGAAGAAGAAGUCCUAAAGUCGAUAUUGAACAAGGAAGAUCGUGUUACCUAAACCUUCGUUUUACCGACAAAGAACCACCGGAGUUGCUCCGAUAGGUACAUUAGUUGCUAAUAGUUCCUUGAGAACUUGCUUGCUGUUGCUUGGUUGUUUAACCAAUAGAGGGACAUUUUUAUCGAGAUCCUGGUUGAGAGACUUUCUGCUCAGAUAUGAGGACCGGUUUGAAGGACGAUGUUGUCUACAGCUUCUUCAACCCAGAGAUUGAUGAGUUGAGAGAUAUGAUAGCACUGAUUACACCCGACCAUGUGGGGAUGUUCAGAGAGUCAUACGGUAGUAUUCUGAAGAUGGUUUUCAGACUCAUAGACAGCGACAGGAGCGCCAUUCAUACUCUUCUCCAGUUCUAUGACCCGGGUUUGAGAUGUUUUGUGUUUCCAGAUUAUUUGUUGGGACCUCUGAUGGAGGAUUAUGCUAGCAUUCUGGGUAUUCAGAUCCGAGAUCAGAUUCCUUUCUGUGCUAUUAGGGUGGAGCCUGACAUCCUUAGGAUCUUCCGUGCUCUUUAUUUGAGUCCGGAAGUGACCAAGGAGGGUUUGGAGGAGAAAGGAAAAUUACCUGGUUUUCAUUUGAGUUUCUUGGAAGCUAAAGCCAAGGAAUAUGCUGCUGCCAAUAACUGGAAGACGGUUUGUGCUUUGAUUGCUGUAAGCAUUUAUGGGAUUAUUUUGUUUCCUAAUCAGAAGAGCUUCGUGGACCAUAAUGCUAUCAGAUUGUUUGUGCAGAGGAACCCAAUUCCUACUCUGGUCGGAGAUGUUUAUUACUCGGUUCAUAAUAGGAACGAGAAGAGACGUGGUGGUUUGAUCAGGUGUUGUGCUCAGAUGCUAUUCAGAUGGUUUAUGGGGUAUUUGCCUGCCCGAGGUGUUUUUGCUUCUCUUGAUCCUUCGGUCAAGUGGUCGGUCAGAUUGAUGGGUUUGCGGGCUGAUGAUAUAGCUUGGACUCAUAAUGGUUUGGCUGGACGGAAUUUUAUAUAUAGCUGCGGGGAUUUUCCCAAUGUGCCUCUCAUAGGAGUUCAGGGUUGCAUUAAUUAUAACCCAACGCUUCUUAGGAGACAGAUGGGAUUUGCUAUGGAAGUUCCUCCCCUUGAGUGUGAGACUCAGGAGUCCUUUUACUUCCCGGUUGAGGGCAAUCAGGCCAAGCUGAUGCAGGUGUCUGGGUCAUGGCGUAACAUCCAGAGAAAGGGCAAGGUUCCUUUUGGCAAGGUCAAUAGCCGGUAUUUUCCUCUAUUCGAUGAUUGGCUUCGGAAGAGGAUUGAGAUCACACAUCUACCAUUUCCGGGAGGUGAUCCUUGGUGUCCUAUGAUUGAGGGUCCGCGUUCUUCUGUCAGUAUGGAAGAAUUCCUCGAGAUGAAGAGAGUCAGAGAUCAGUUGCUUGCGGAGAAAGAUGAAUUGGAGAUGAGUGUUGUUCGGAUUCAGACGGCUAAUCAGGAGAUUAGGGUGAGGAUGGAAGAUCAAGAUAAGCGACAUGCCUUAGAAGCAAAGCGCUUUGAGACGGAUACUGCCUACUAUGGGAAGGUCAGUCAGGCUUUGGCAUCUUCAACUAAGGAGCACGACAUCACCAAAGAGAGACUGGCUAGAGCUUCAAAGGUCAUUGAAGAUCAGAAGAGAAGGCAAAUUCUCGUGAGGGAUCAGAGGGAUGACAGAGCCAGAGUACUGGCUGCAGAAUGGGAAGCGGAGAAAGCAAAGAUCAUCGCCGAAAGAGAUCACUAUAUGGCUGAGAGAGAUCAUUGCUUCAGGCAAAUGAAGAUUCACCAGAAGGAGGUGGGGAGAUUACACCAGGAGAACACCGAGCUCAGGUUCGCCGCAGAGUUCGCGAAGAUGGUUGAUGAGAUAGGGCCUUCUGUGGGACCCUCAUCAGACUAGCUUUAUCAUUUGUGAGGAUUACCGUCAGGCUUGUUGACGGAAUUCAUUUGCUUGUAUUUCUUUCCUGAUUCUGGAGAUUUGUAUCUGAUUUGAUGUA